AGCAGCAUGACAGUGCAACAUCUACAAUAGAGCACACUGAGAGUGUGUGUGAGCCAGAGAGUAAGAGCAGUAAGUUUGUCACUUAGCAGAAAGAGAGAAGUAACAGCAGGAGAACAGCAAAGUAAAAGAUAUCAAGAGGAACCAGAAAGAGACUGGGAGUGACAAGAGAGAUGUGCGUGGGGAUGAAGUGGAUUUGUUGGAGGAGUUGAGCCGUGCCGCUCAUACACAAAACAAAAAACUCAGGACUCCCAAGGAAGGAGGAAAGGAUGAAGAAACACUCGGCCCGAGUGGCCCCUCUCAGUUCCUAUAGCGCCCAGGUGCUCACCUGCACCAUCUCUGAAGGAGAGGACGGCUCAGAUUCACAUGCAGAGACUCCAGUCAGUGAAACCAGUGGAGAUGGCACAGCAUAUCAGACCUGCGUCAACACAGUGCUCAAGGUGCUGGGGGGUUUGCUGGUGGUGCUGUGUGUCUCCUCGUGCUGGGUGGGCAUCACACAGGUGGUCCAGCUCACAUUCAAAUCCUUUUCCUGUCCCUUUUUCAUCACAUGGUUCAGCACCAACUGGAACAUUCUCUUCUUCCCCCUCUACUAUUCUGGGCACGUGGCCACUACCAGAGAAAAACAGACGCCCAUUCAGAAAUUCAGGGAAUGUAGUCGGUUGUUUGGGGAGGACGGAAUGUCUCUGAAGGUGUUUCUGAAGAGAACAGCGCCUUUCUCCAUCUUGUGGACGCUUACUAACUACUUGUACCUAUUAGCACUGAGAAAACUAACCGCUACAGACGUCUCAGCGCUCUACUGCUGCCACAAGGCAUUUGUCUUCCUCUUGUCAUGGAUUGUCCUCAAGGAUCGUUUCAUGGGUGUGCGGAUUGUGGCUGCCAUUAUGGCUAUCACAGGCAUCGUGAUGAUGGCAUAUGCUGAUGGUUUCCAUGGGGAUUCCUUUAUGGGUGUGGCCUUUGCAGUUGGCUCCGCCUCCACUUCUGCUCUCUACAAGGUGCUGUUUAAGAUGUUCCUCGGCAGUGCCAAUCUGGGCGAGGCUGCUCAUUUCUUCUCCACGAUGGGCUUUUUCAAUCUCAUCUUCAUCUCCUGCGUUCCCCUCAUCCUGUACUUCACCAGGGUGGAGCACUGGGGCUCCCUCUCCUCUUUGCCCUGGGGUUAUCUUUGCGGGGUGGCCGGCCUUUGGCUAGUAUUUAACAUCCUGGUCAAUGUAGGAGUGGUGCUCACGUAUCCGAUCCUCAUAUCCAUUGGGACGUUACUCAGUGUUCCAGGCAAUGCAGCCAUAGAUGUGCUGAAGCAUGAGGUCAUCUUCAGCGUGGUGCGUCUGGCUGCCACCUGCAUCAUCUGCCUGGGCUUCCUGCUGCUGCUGCUCCCUGAGGAGUGGGACACGGUCACCCUGCGCUUCCUCACCACCCUGGCCGACAAGAAGACGGAGGAGCACGGCGAGGAGCUCACGGAAUCCAGCGUCCACACACGCAGCCGGAGUAGAGCCAAUGGAGCCGUAUCCAUUCCCAUGGCAUGACCUUUGACCUGUGAAUGAAUAACCAGCGAUCAACACUGAUCCACCCUGUGGCAGCCUAUGUAAUAAAAUAAAUAAAUAAUAAAUAAAUAAAAAAAGAGCAGUUUGAUUUUAUUUGUAUUUUGGAAAGACAAAAGAGAAUAUGAAAGUGAAGAGAAAGGAUAGUAUUUUCUUUAAUAAGAACUAUAACAUCAACAAAUCAGAAGAAAUGUCACAGAUCAUGUCGUCCUGCUCUUUAAUAGAGAUCACAGCAAAGGCUCGAGUGUUUUUAUUUUACAGAAGGGAUCUAGCAUUCUCUUCCCUGCCAUUUCUAUGGGAAGAUAUACGCAUCCAUUCCAUAGAAAUGGACUUUCAGACUUUUGUCUCCCGCUGCACGCCAACCCGCACCCCUGAACCCCUCCGCUAGCCCCUUCCCAUGGAAUGUAUUCUGUGAAUAUAGACUCUGUCAGGGCCAGUUCGGCUCACUACAUGAAUGCAUACAGAGAUCGGAUAUAUAUGUAUAUGAAAUAUGAGGAUUAUUUGCAUUGUACGUAGUGUGUAAUACAUGUAGGAGAAAUAUAUUAUGCUUUAAUGAAUAAGCCUUUCUUUUCUUUUUAUAAUAAAAGACAAAAAUAAAGAUCUGCACUGAAAAGCA